AUUUGUAGCCAUUACUUUUGAAGAUAUGAGAGGAACUCCCAUGUAAAUCUAUUAUAAAGUGUCUUCCAAACUCGUUGAUAUCCAACUACAUCCAGCCACAUGUAUCCAUUCAUUUUGAUAACUAUAGCAAGAUGCCAUUUUUCUUGAUCAAGGUCUUCAUCAUAAAUUCACAAAUCUAAAGGUCAAUGUCGAUGGCUCCUCUGUGAACUUGAGCAAAUCGAAUCAAGGUAAUGAAUGGCAUUAGCAUUUUGUCGAACUUUGCUAAUGACGAUGUCCUUCUUACUGGUUAAUCUUCCAAAUACAUCAAGUUCAAGUUUUGAAAUUUGGCAUUUUAAGGCGAUCCCACCUUUGUUUGGGAUCUCAUCAGGAGUACCAUCAAGAAACAGUCUGACGAUGUCUUCAAUUUCAAUCUUAGAAUCCACUUUGGGUACUUAUACACCUUGGCAUGAUGGUACUUUGACGUUGGAACGUACCAGGAGCCCAAGGAGUGAAACUACUGGUUCCUUACCAUUGGCAAGGUCAUUGUGUUAGUACUAGAUUGAAUAACACCGCACAUUUUCUACACUCCAAUUGCAAUCAUAAAAUGACAGUGCCAUCCACUCUUCAUCACAAUCUCACAGCAUUAUGUAGAGACGGCCAGUUAAAAGAAGCUUUGCACAUUCUACUUACAACACACAACCCCCCUGAAGACCACUCUACAUAUCUUCAAUUAUUGCAGACCUGCAAUCUCAAAAACGCGAUUUCAGAAGGGAAGAGAGUCCACUCUUUAAUCACUCACAGGCCAUCUGCAUUUGCUACGCAUACAGCUUUUCAUAAUAAGCUUAUUUACAUGUAUGUCAAGUGCGGAAGUUUGGUUGAUGCUCGUAAAGUAUUUGAUCAAAUGAAAGGACGAGACUGUGUCUCAUGGAAUACGAUUAUCGCAGCGUACAGAAGACAUGGGUAUUCUUACAAGGUAAUCACACUGUUUCACCAUAUGCAGCGGGCAGGUCUCCAACCUGAUAAGUUUACAUUUGCCAGCGUACUUGCAGCCUGUGCCAAAAUGAGAGCUUUGGAACAGGGUAGGGAUAUCCAUCAUAGAAUAACGGAAGGGGGAAUUUUUUCAGGUGUGGUUGCGAAUGCCCUGGUAGACAUGUAUGCAAAAUGUGGAAGCAUAGACAAGGCACGUGAACUGUUUGACAAAAUGCCUCAAAGAGAUGUUGUCUCGUGGAAUGCAAUGAUUGCAGGAUACACACAAAAUGGAUUUGUCGAAAAGGCUUUGGAAACUUUCAAACAAAUGCAAUUGGCAGGUGUAAAGCCAAAUUCCACAACCUUUGCCAGCAUCCUCCGUGCCUGUUCCAAAAUGAGAGAUUUGGAACAGGGUGUGGACAUCCAUCAAAGCAUAAAGGAUAGAGGAGUUUUGUCAAAUGUUGUAGUUGCAAGUGCCCUGGUAGACAUGUAUGCAAAAUGUGGAAGCAUAGACAAGGCACGUGAGGUGUUUGACAAAAUGCCUCAAAGAGAUGUCAUCUCAUGGACUGCAAUGAUUGCAGGAUAUGCACAAAACGGAUUUGUUGAGAAGGCGUUAGAAGCUUUCAAGCAAAUGCAAUUCGCAGGUGUAAAGCCAGACUCCACAACCUUUGCCAGCAUCCUUCCAGCCUGUGCUAAAAUGGGAGCUUUGGAACAAGGUAUAGACAUCCAUGAAAGCAUCAAGGAUAGAAGCAUUUCAUCUAAUCUUGUAGUUACAAGUGCUCUAGUAGACAUGUAUGCGAAAUGUGGAAGGAUAGACAAGGCAAGCGAACUGUUUGACAAAAUGCCUGAAAGAGAUGUCAUCUCAUGGAAUGCUGUGAUUGGAGGAUAUGCACAAAAUGGAUUUGUUGAAAAGGCUUUAGAAACUUUCAAACAAAUGCAACUGGCAGGUGUAAAGCCAGACUCCACAACCUUUGCCAGCAUCCUUCCAGCCUGUGCGAAAACAGGAGCUUUGGAAAAGGGUAUGGACAUUCAUCAGAGUAUCAAAGAUAGAGGAAUUUCGUCAAAUGUCGUAGUUGCAACUGCCCUGGUAGACAUGUAUGCAAAAUGUGGAAGCAUAGACAAGGCUCGCGAGCUGUUUGACAAAAUGGCUCAAAAAGACGUCAUCUCGUGGAAUGCCAUGAUUGUAGGAUAUGUACAAAAUGGAUUUGUUGAAAAGGCUUUAGAAAUUUUCAAGGAAACGCAAUUAGCAGGUGUCAAUCCAGACUCCACAACCUUUGCCAGCAUCCUCCCUGCUUGUGCAAAAAUGGGAGCUUUGGAACAAGGUAUGGACAUCCAUCAAAUUAUAAUAGAAGGGGGAUUUCUGUCAGAUAUUAUAGUUGGAAAUGCUCUGGUAGACAUGUAUGCAAAAUGUGGAAGCAUAAACAAGGCAUGUGAACUUUUUGAUAGAAUGCCUCAAAGAGAUGUCAUUUCAUGGAAUGCAAUGAUUGCAGGAUAUGCACAAAAUGGAUUUGUUGAAAAGGCUUUAGAAGCUUUCAAGCAUAUGCAAUUGGCAGGUGUACAGCCAAUUUCCUCAACCUUUGCCAGCGUACUUCCUGCCUGUGCAAAAAUGGGAGCUUUGGAACAGGGUAUGGACAUUCAUCAAAGCAUAAUGGAAGGGGCCUUUUUGUCAGAUAUUAUAGUUGGAAAUGCUCUAGUAGACAUGUACGCAAAAUGUGGAAACAUAGACAAGGCACGUGAACUGUUUGAGAGAAUGCCUCAAAGAGAUGUCAUCUCAUGGAAUGCAAUGAUUGCAGGAUAUGCACAAAAUGGGUUUUGCGAGGAUGCUAUCAAAAUCUUUGAAGUAAUGAAGGACUUUGGAACAUAUCCUGACAGUGUAAGCUUUGCUUGUGUUCUAUGUGCAUGCAGCCAUGCAGGUUUAGUGCAUGAGGGCUGUAUAUACUUCAAUCACAUGAAUAAUCCUUAUUGCAUUAAACCUACAGUUGAUCAUUACGUGUGCAUGGUUGACCUUCUUGGCCGUGCUGGCUAUCUUGAGGAGACCCUAAACUUUAUCAUUAAGAUGCCAGUUAAACCUGUGGUGGUGGUGUGGAUGUGUUUUCUUGGUGCCUGUAAAUCACAUAUAAACAUAGGCUUAGGAGUAUUUGCAGCAAUGUUGCUUUUCGAUUUGGAUCCCAAUAAUGCUGCGACUUAUGUUCUACUCUCAAACAUCUAUGCAGAAGUGGGCAGGUGGGAUGAGGUUCAAAUUGUAAGAAGAUUGAUGAAAGAUAGAGGAAUUAAAAAGAUCCCAGGAUGUAGUUGGAUUGAAGGCCAUAAAAUGGUACAUACUUUUUUGUCUAGGAGACAGAUUACAUCCACAGACAAACGAGAUCCAUGCAAAGCUGGAAAAAUUAGCUUGGGAGAUGAAGGCAGCAGGGUAUUUCCAAAUUCAAAACAGUUGGUUAAUGAUGUGGAAGAGGAGGAAAAAGAAUCAUUUCUCUGCCACCAUAGUUAAAAGUUGGCAAUUGCAUUUGGUUUGUUAAAAGUUGGCAAUUUCUUAAGAGUUGUUAAGAACCUUCAGGGACAAUGUUCUUGCGGAGAGUAUUGAUGAUACUAAAUGAAGCAAUCUGAAACAUACGCUUGCACUGUAAUGCUAAAUGAAGCAAUCUGAAACAUACGCUUGCACUGUAAUAUCGUACACCAUGUCAGACCUGGAGCAAUAAUGUGGGACAACGUUUUAUUUUCAGAAAUCGGCAAUGAAAUGCAAGAAGUGGAGAAUGGGGAAAAACAGAUCAUUUCAAGUAAAUGGAAAGAUGCUUAGCAGCAGGGAAUGGGAGAGGAGGGCUCACAACCAACCCUUUGCAAUUUUGUAGAGUUCUUUUGUUUCAAAUAAUAAUAUUUUUGCCCAUGUUAGUCUGAUCAUUACAAAUUAUAUUACACAUUCC